GACAAGAGAAUCAAAGAGUGUUGUUGUUGCAAUGAGGUUAUACAGAUGUUUGGUUUUUGGGUUGGUGUGUGUGUGUUUGAGUUUGGUGAGUGAAGGAGAAGAAGAUGGGUUGUCGGGUUGCAACAUGUACGAAGGAGAGUGGGUGUGGGAUGAUUCUUAUCCUCUUUAUGACUCUGCAAAAUGUCCUCACCUUCGUUCUCAGUUUGAUUGCUCCAAAUUUGGCCGUCCUGAUCAUUUUUAUCUCAAAUACAGAUGGCAACCCUCCAAAUGCAACUUACCAAGAUUUGAUGGGAAAGAGUUUUUGACAAAACUGAGGGGGAAGCAGAUCAUGUUUGUAGGAGAUUCAGUGAGUCUCAACCAAUGGCAAUCACUGAUUUGUUUGCUUCAUUCUUUUUUGCCUCAAACUCAAAUAUUGGAUGAGCUUGAUAAGCUAGUCUAUAACUACACAUUCCCGAUGGUGCGCAUGAUCAUACUUACUUUUGGGCAACUAAUGGUUGAUGUUAACAAUGCCUUUUACAGAUUUGAUGGGAAAGAGUUUUUGACAAAACUGAGGGGGAAGCAGAUCAUGUUUGUAGGAGAUUCAGUGAGUCUCAACCAAUGGCAAUCACUAAUUUGCUUGCUUCAUUCUUUUUUGCCUCAAACUCAAAUAUUGGAUGAGCUUGAUAAGCUAGUCUAUAACUACACAUUCCCGGACUACCAAGUUUCAGUGUUCGUUUAUCAUUCCACACAUUUGGUUGACAUUGAAGAGGAAAAAAUUGGUCGAGUUCUGAAGCUGGAUUCCAUCAAGAGUGGAAGCAUAUGGAAAAACAUGGACAUUCUGGUUUUCAACACUUGGCUUUGGUGGUAUCGCACAGGACCCAAGCAACCGUAAGAUCUCUUCAAAAUCGUUUCAUCUUUGCUAUCACAGC